AUGGCUGAAGAAGACUCGGAUAACAUGGGAGUGACGCUUUACCCGGCAGACUACGAAGUCGUUGAAAUGGUCACAGACCAGGGCAAGGAGAUCCUCCAACAGGAGUUUACAGAGGAUCAACUUUUCUUGCAUUCGAUUCAAGAGCUUAUGCGCGUGCGCGCAGGUAUAAAGAAAAAUCAGAAGACGGAGAAUUUAACUGAAGAUCAGUCUGGUAAAAUUAAAACUGAAGACGCCGAUGGGUCAAUUGACAUUAAUGAUACUGUCGAAAAGCGAGAGUUUGUAAAUGUCGAUGAGGACGAUGUCAUUGACCCGAGAAAUUACUACCGUCCAAUGGUGAUAGAACUUCAAGCGGCAGUCGCAGAGCUGCACCAACUUAUUAACUCAAUUGAUCUGAUCAGACGCCGCGAGUUUCUGGAGGAAAUGCGCUGUAUUCGAGAAAAUACGGCACUACAAAAAGAGGAACUUGAACAUGUUGUGGAGUCGAAACGGGCACAGGUAAAGGAAAGUGGCACGAUUUUACUGGAUGGCGUUAAAACUAUAGCCAAAACAGUGAAAAAGGAAAGUGUUUUCUUUCUGGGUAUCACGCAUAUGCUGCGCAAAUGGAAAAUUUGUGCACCUAAUCACGGGAACAUUCCUAAGCCAUUUCGUGCCGGUGAGCCUCUAGCAGUAGACUGCAGCUAUGGUAGUGCGGGAUCAUCAUUUGUGCCGCAGUCCCAGUCAAUUGCUGAUAUGGCGUAUGCCGAGCUGAGUCGCACUGAGAGGGGGUUUGUCCGUGUGAAGACCCCAGAGAAUUUUCUGGCUCGCACGAUUCAGCUUACAUUGAAAGCAAAGGAAACCGGAAAGCUAGGUAAAUACACAUUACCGUUCCCAACUCUUAUUAAUGUGACCAGGACAGAGAUGGAUGCAUCAGACAAUACACCUGAAGAUUUGAAGGUUUUGGAGGAGCGCAACUUGUCAAUUCUCAAGGCUGUCCAGUUCUCUGUGUUCUGCGAAGAAUUAUUCUACACACUGAUGAAGGAAGCGCUCCAAUACACGUCAAAAUGGUCAGACACAGCCUAUAAUAUCAGCAAUCAUACGAUAAAGAGGCAGGGUAAGGAUGAAAACCGUCUAAGGGACACGCAUUUUUUGGUGUUGCAAGUGAUAGAUGAUGAAGUUCAGCUUCGCGUUAACGAGCGAUAUGAGCUGACUAUGAGGCUUAUAGACGUUAAGAGUUUGACAAAGGACAACAAUUUGGUAGCGGGGAAAGAGAACGAUGGAGAAAAAAUAUUAGGGGCUGUCGAUGAAGAGCAUUCAAACGACUCAAAUGUGAAACAAGAAGAUGGAACUUCACAACUGGCAGGCAGCUCGAGCAUGCCGCGACGUGUUGCCUCCAUUCCAUUUGAAACCUCUGCUGACAGCGAUGAAGCGUUCCUGACACAGACUUGCCGUUAUACAAUUUUGUUGCUGCAGCAAGAAAUUUGGACCCGUUACGGUCGGAACGGUAUCUCCCGAGCACUGUUGUACACUGGCUUGGAUUUUUCGACAAUACCUGGAGGUGGUGUAAGCUCUAGCAAGUUGGGUUUAGGUGCUGUCCAUAUGACUGAGAUGGACAAGCCUGAUUAUGAAUCAGGAACAUUGGCGACCGCUAUGAAGGUGCUCGCACAUACCUUGCUAAAAAGCGAAGUGGCACGAUACUUGGACGGCCUUUCAUCGGUGCUAGCUUAUCAAAAGUUUCAGGUGUCAUCAUCGGGUCGCGUCCUAGACGACGGUUUGUUUCAGCCCAUCUGUGACUCGAUGCGCGGCAUUUACGUGGGUCCUCGGUGGAAAACGUGCGCAUUUGACUCGACGUUGUCAGCCUUUGAUUUGCAUAUUGGCAAAAACUUCUCAACUGAGGUCCUUAUUUCCGGAGCUCAGAUUAUUCUACAGACAGGGAUUGCAUCACAACGUGAGUUGUCCGGUGUGGCAGGACUUCGCGAGUUUGUGGAGACAGCUGUUUGCUCCGAAGUUGCAUCGGCACUAUAUCGCGAUGCCGUGUCCUUUGGCGUCAAACAGAGUUCGAUGAAUCUGGACCGAUCUAGUGUCCGCCUCGUAGUCACAGGCGAAUGGGACGGCAGUUGCAUUGGCGAAGGCCGUGUGUCCGAUGCACGAGCAGUCAGCUCCAUCUUCCUGGAGCCCUACUUUGCUUUUGAUGGUAGUUUGACCAUCGACUGUUUGCUACAGUCCGUCGAUGCGAGCAAGCUAGCGCCAUUGUGCCACUCUGUAGCCGAUGGGGUGCACAAGAUAAAGUGGAAGCAAAUUCCUGGCUCGAAUGACUCGGUUAAAAUGCUCUGGCUUAUGCAAAAGACUGGUGUGUUGUUGGAUCCUCUUCAAGUGUCGAUUAAGUCAGAGGUGCCACAAUCUGAUGACAACUAA